GGUUUUCCGCCAGCAGGGUUUGUUUGAUUCUCCAUUGAUUUUUAGGAGGAGGAGAAAGUGAGAGGGGAGGAGUGCAGGAGAAACCCCGUCCUGCGUGGUGAGGAAGAGGGAGAGAGAGAGAGAGAGAGAGAGAAAUGUGAUCGUGUGUGUUUGGGACGCGAGAGCAGGACUGAUCCAAAACGAGGCGAAAGUCCCACUAGCGGGCGAGCGCACUCUCGUGUCACGUGGGCGUGGAUUAGCACGGGGGUGGGUGGGGGGGGGAGAAACGAAGUAAAAGUGUCCUUGGGAGCGACUUCUACUUUGCACUUUGUCUUCCGUCCUCUCUUUGCCUCUCGAACUCCCGUCCGCCCUGCAUUCCGAGGAGCGUUAAUGCCCCAACGCACCCGAGGGGGAGAGGAAGGAGAGAAAAGUGAGGAAGGAGAGGCCGAGGAAGAAGGAGCAGAAGUAGUAAGGAGGCCUGGACACCCCGCGCCCUCGCCCCUUGGAGCCCCGUCCCCUCUCCCCUCCUGGCCCUGCAUGGACGGGGAUGGGGAGAGCCGGAUGCUGUUGCCGCGGGGCUGAGCGCCUCGCCUGUCCGUCUCUGGUGCGCCGCUUCCGGUCGCUGCUGCUGCUGAUCAUCGCUCUCUGCUGCGGUGCUCACAUAGGUCAGUGCCAGGUCGCGGCCCCCCAGUGCCGAAUCCAGAAGUGCACAACCGACUUCGUCUCUCUGACCUCCCACCUGACGCCGGCCGUGGAUGGCUUUCACGUCGAGUUUUGCAAGGCUUUGCGCGCGUACUCUGCCUGCACCCAGAGGACAGCCAAGUCCUGCCGGGGGAAUCUGGUUUUCCACUCGGCCGUGCUGGGCAUCUCAGACCUCAUGAGCCAGAGAAAUUGCUCCAGAGAUGGGCCCACGUCCUCCACGCACCCCGAGGUCCAGCAUGAGCCCUGCAACUACCACAGCCGCACCCAGCACGCCCAUGCGCACGCCCACGCACACGCCCACUUGCAUGCACACUCCCAUGGCCACGGCCACUCGCUGCCAGUCUACCUGUUCUGCGGGCUGUUCGGUGACCCACACCUGAGGACGUUUAAGGACAGCUUCCAGACUUGCAAGGUGGAGGGGGCGUGGCCUCUCAUCGAUAAUGACUAUCUAUCGGUUCAGGUCACGAAUGUUCCCGUGGUAACUGGAUCCAGUGCCACAGCAACCAAUAAGAUCACCAUCAUCUUCAAGCCCUAUGAGGGUUGCACGGACCAGAGGGUCUACCAGGCCGUCACAGACAACCUCCCCGCUGCCUUCGACGAUGGAACAGUGAGCAGCGGGGACCCCAUCCACCUCUCUGCUGGCGCGGAAGGGGCAACGGGGAAGGUCCGGGCCCUGUGGAUCUCCGAGCGCAGCCCGGGGCGCCACGUGGAGCUGCACGCCGGCUACAUCGGUGUGACUGUCAUCGUUCGCCAGCUGGGCCGAUACCUGACCCUGGCGGUGCGCAUCCCGGAGGAGCUGGCGCAGGCCUACGACGCCACCCAGGACCUGCAGCUCUGUCUGAACGGCUGCCCCGGAGGAGAGCGCAUCGACCGGGCAGGCCACCUCCCCCUGCCGCUUGCCCCUCCUGCGCUCGGCCUGCAGCUUCAGCAGCCGCGCCGACCCGGCUUCUCCCCGCAGACACAGACGCAGGUCUUCAGUGUGGAGGGGGCGAAGGAGCGCUGCAGGGAGCAGCUGGAUGUGCAGGACAUUUACUUCCACUCCUGCGUGUUUGACCUCCUUACCACCGGGGAUGCUAACUUCACCGUGGCGGCGUACAGCGCCCAAAAGGACAUGGAGAGUCUCCACCCUCACAGGGACCGAUGGAGGAUCUACCCCCGCGGCGCUGCCACCGCCGCGUUACCCCCGGAUUCUCUGCUUAUCAGGCGGCUGGCUGUGCUCCUGCUGUGUGUUCUAAGCGCGGCGUUGGUGUAGGAGGCCCAUGUUGGUGUGACCACUACAGAGAGAUCAUUUGGGGAGUUUUGUUGAGCACUGAUACUUCGCAGCACUGUUUCUUCUCGCAGGUGCAGAGGAAACGGGCGUCUGGACAGCUACUGGGAACGGGUGUUUUUAGGACACAGGAGAUACUGGCAAUGUUAAGUGCAUCUUACCGGGCAGAAUCAGCCAUCUGGUGAAUAAAAAAUGAGUUAUCAUAACUGCUUUUCAAAAUCUGUCUUCACCUUUUAGACCAUGCACAUGACAAGGACACAACUGCACCUGUGUUUGGAAAUACACCCCAGACUGUAAAUAGCUUGUUUUCAGUGUAAUAAUGUAGUUUUCUUUGUUGUUGUUGUGCCAUUUAAUGUGAUUUAUCUUUAAUACCUCAGACAGAGGAUGUAUGUUUUAACAGAAGCACUUUAUAUAGUUUUAUUUAAUUUUUUUU